AAAAAAAAAUUAAUAAAAAUGAAAGUGUUUAUUGUGUCUUGUUUGUUAUUUGCUGCAGCAGUAUCAGCUGCCCCAAGUGUUAUCGAUAACAAAAUCGAAAGUGAAGGCACCUUAUCGAGGGCAGCCAAAUAUCUUGGAGCCUGUUUUGAAAGUGAUGAUAUUACGACAUGUUUAGCGGUUAAAGGAAUUACUGCUAUGAAUCGUGCUGCAAGGAGUAAUAAUAUUGUUGUGACAAAUGGAAUAACAUUUAAAAGAGAUCCAGCUAGUCCAGUUGCACGCAAUGGCAAGGCAUUGUCCGAAAAUGACAUCAUGUCUGAAUUGCCAUCAGAGUCUGAAGAUAGAAAUGGACGCCUUAUGGACAUGGCUAUGCAAUCGGUUGCUGAUUUCUUCGGAUCACACAACUUGGAAGUCAAGGUACCCAGUGAGACUACUCAAGAGGUUGCCCGCGCCAUUGAAGAAGGUCGUGGCAAGAUGAAGAAACUCAUGGGACCAUUGAUCUUGGCUGUUGGUGCUAAGCUGUUUGCCCUGGUGCCAUUGCUGUUAGGUGGCUUGGCUCUACUCGCCACCAAGGCCAUUGUUGUCGCCAAGAUUGCAUUCCUUUUGGCCUUGGCUGUGAGUGCGUCGAAAUUGUUCGGAGGAGCUGGUAAAUUGGGCGGUUUGGGAGGUCUUGGUGGUGGCGCUGCUGGUUUGGCUAACUCUGCCGGAUGGCAACAACCUGCUCAACAAGGCUGGUCAUCGGGUGGAGCUUCAUAUCCCUAUGCCCGUAGCUUAGGCGAUGAUGAUAGUAGUGAAGAUGCGCAGGAACUUGCAUUCCAUGCACAAAUUCCAGCUCAAUAGAGAUGACAAACACACACACAUACAUUCAUCAAAUGUGAGGAGAACGAGCAGUUAGUUGUGCCUUUUUGUUUUUUAGUUUGUAGUUUAAUUUAUUUAUAAAAAAAAAAUAGAAAUGUUGUUUAUAAAGACAAAUUGUACAAAUAAAUAAAGAAAUCAUGUGAAAUAUAAUAAAUCUGACAGUUAUUGUGCCAGUUUCAUUUAAAAAUAAAAAUAAAUUUUGUGUUCAUAAAUUUUAUUUAAAUGAGGUUUUUCUAGUUAGCUAUUAUGC